UUGAUUGGUGAGAGGCGAUGGGAUGUCAAUUUCAUUCACCGACGGAUUUUGAUUUGAUGAUAUUCCUUCAUCGUUGGGCUUUGUAUUUCUUUCCAUCUUUCUCGCUAAGUCACCGUCUCGUCGACACAGUCCAACACAAGACUGUGUGGACUUCCAUUGAAAUUUGUCCAACAAAACUCUACUGAACAACGAUCCAAGGAACCAAGCGGAAGCACUGGAGAAGGUAAUGGAUAGAUCUGAUUCCUCCUCCGACGAAGAAGACGAUCGCCAAAGCCUUGUCGAACACAAUGACAUCAAGCGCGUCCCUUCUCCUCGCACUCGCUCCACAUCCUUCGACAUUGACAUCGAUCGCCAUUUUCGCCCUCCCAUUCACAGAUUUCCAUUCUCCGUUCCCAAAUUUGCAUUUGACAAGAGGUACUACUACCUUUUAGUGGCUGCCCUCCCUCUAUGUAUUCUCGUUUUGUUUUUCUCUGCCGAUAUCCGGAGUCUCUUCUCUACUAGUAUCUCUUCCUCCCUCAAAAGUUCCGAUUCCCUCAGUGACCGAAUGAGGGAAUCGGAGUUGAGAGCUUUGUAUUUGUUGCGGCAACAACAACUGGGUUUUUUCGAUCUUUGGAAUCACACCUUCCUCCUUCAAUCUAACUCAACUUUCAAUUCGACCCCUACUAAUAAUUUGAGUGCAAAUUCAGCCUCAGGAUACGCAUUCACGGAAGAUCUCAAAUCUGCUAUAUUGAAGCAAAUUACUUUGAACAAAGAGAUCCAAAACGUUCUUCUGUCCCCCCAUCGGUCUGGUAACUUAUCAGACGAAAUUGGUGUUGCUCGUACCAUGGGGACCUUCGCCCUUGAUAGAUGUAGAAAGAUGGACCAGAAAUUGUCCGACAGACGAACAAUUGAGUGGAAGCCAAAAUCGAACAAGUUUUUGUUCGCUAUAUGCACCUCGGGGCAAAUGUCUAACCAUUUGAUCUGUUUGGAGAAGCAUAUGUUCUUCGCUGCUAUUCUCAACAGAAUUUUAGUCAUUCCUAGUCAUAAAGUUGAUUAUCAGUUCAGUAGGGUGAUUGACAUUGAUCAUAUUAAUACGUGCUUGGGUAGAAAAGUUGUCAUCUCUUUUGAAGAGUUUUCUGAGAUUAAGAAGCACCACUUGCACAUUGAUCGGUUCAUCUGUUACUUUUCAAAACCAGAUCCUUGUUAUGUGGAUGGUGAACAUAUUAGUAAGUUGAAGAACUUAGGGGUCUCUAUGGGCAAGCUUGAAUCUGCUUGGAAUGAAGAUACUAAGAAGCCCAAUAGGAAGACAGUUUCAGACAUUGAAUCCAAGUUCUCUUCCAAUGACGAUGUUGUAGCUGUAGGAGAUAUUUUCUUUGCUAAUGUAGAGCAAGAGUGGGUGAAUCAACCAGGAGGUCCGAUCGCUCACAAAUGCCAAACUUUGAUAGAACCAAGUCGUCUUAUCAAGCUGACAGCCCAGCGAUUUAUUCAAACAUUCCUAGGAAAAAAUUAUAUUGCACUCCAUUUUCGACGACACGGUUUUUUGAAGUUCUGUAAUGCAAAGCAACCAAGCUGCUUUUACCCCAUUCCUCAAGCAGCAGAUUGCAUAAUUCGAAUGGUUGAGAGGGCGAAUGUGCCAGUCAUUUAUCUUUCCACAGAUGCAGCAGAGAGUGAACAUGGGUUGCUACAGUCACUACUUGUGUUGAAUGGGAAGCCCAUACCUCUUGUUAAAAGGCCUCCUCGUAAUUCAGCUGAAAAAUGGGAUGCCUUGUUAUACAGACAUGGGAUUGAGGGAGACUCUCAGGUUGAAGCCAUGCUCGACAAGACAAUCUGUGCUAUGUCUAGCACAUUUAUCGGUGCAUCUGGGUCGACAUUCACAGAGGACAUUUUGCGGCUACGGAAGGACUGGGGCACUGCAUCUCUGUGUGAUGAGUACCUUUGCCAGGGCGAGGAACCAAAUUUCAUUUCAGAAAAUGAAUGAUAUGUAGAAAUUCGAUGAUGUAUAGAAACUGUCACUCUUAUCCUUUUUUAGGCUUGAUCUGGAUUUAGUCUACUGUAUGAUAUGGCACCUGGGCAAGUUUGCACGAAUUCUUUUCCAUGUAUCAAGUCCCUCGUUUAAUAAGAUGUUCACGGCUGUAAUCAGUGUAUAUAUAGAGAGAUACUUUCCUUUGCAGUAA